AUGGAAAUCAUCGUUGCUGGGUUUCUCGUAGCCAUCAUCUUCAUUACGGUGCUUCUCUACAGACAACACUCUCGCGGGGCCGCUCCUGCGGAUGAUUCAUUAUCCGAAUAUCCAGUGCCCAAGAAGCCAGCCAGAGCAGCUCUCCUUCUGUCAAAGAAGGGCCCCUACACACUUGUCCACGACUGGCCGCGCCCACAGAUCUCGUCAAAAGAAGUACUGAUCAGAAACCGAGCCAUUGGCUUAAACCCCAUAGACUGGAAAUGCGUAACAUACGGCUUCGGCGUAUACUCGAUCCCUUGGAUCAGUGGAAGGGAAGCAGCGGGCGUGAUAGAGGAGAUCGGCGCAGAAGUGCGUAAUUUUCGGAAAGGCGACAGAGUGUGGGUGACAAGUACCAACUAUCGUGAUAACAGGACGUCAACAUUUCAGGAGUUCAUAGCAGCGUCGCCUUUCAACGUAGGUCACCUCCCAGAUUUCAUCUCCUUCGAUGAAGGCGCCACACUCGGCGUCGGAAUCGUAGCGGCAGCCGGAGCUCUCUUUGAUAGCCUUCAUAUUCCAUGGCCUCAACAGUUUGAAGCAUCUCCGCCAAUCGGAACACUAUCUCCAACUUCACCACAACCUUCCAUUUCAGACCAGGACGGAAAGCCCCAUGGUAACCCCGACUCCCGACCCUGGAUUCUCAUAUGGGGCGCCUCCUGCGUGACCGGCAUGAUGGCCACCCAGCUCGCCCACCAGAGCAAUCUCCGCGUGCUAGGAGUUGCUAGCCUCCACAACACGAGCCAACUCCUCGGACUCGGUGCUGAGAAGGUCCUUGAUCGUCAUCGUCCCGAGGAAGUCAUUGCCGAAGCUCAAGAAUUGCGGAUUAGCUUGGCAAUCGAUUGCGUAGGGCAAGAAACAGCUACCUAUGCGGCUCGAGCGUUGCUUACUGGAGGUAAGCUGGCUUAUCUAGUGAAGAAGCCGAAAGUGGAGGUCAUUGAGAAGAAAGGGCUGAGUGUUACGGAUAUUCUGAUUAAGCGGUUUCAUGAGGAUGAGAGGUAUGGGAGUGCGCUCGUGGCCUUUGUGGAACGGGCUUUAGUGAAGAGGACUUUGCGGCCGGUGAAGUAUGAGAUUAUUGAAGGGGGGCUUGAAGCUGUAGAGGAAGGAUUGAGAAAGUUGAGCGAAGGAGGUGUCAGUGGAGAAAAAUUAGUCGUUAAAGUUGUAUAG